AUGUUAUCAUCCACAAACACCAUACGCAUGUCUUCGAUUUCCAGAUCGGCAUUUGCAUCUUUGUCGCCUUCAUGUGUGCUUUCCAGAUCCUCCAUUUCAGCCAUUCGGCUCUUAUCCUUCAAGACAUUCCCAACCCCAAAUGAGAAUGCCUUGAAGUUUGUGUCUCCUCAGCGGCAAAUCUCGCCCUUGGAGAACAAAACCUUUGAGUUCUCCACAUCCAUGCAAGCAGUCCACUCUCCUUUGGCCCUCAAGCUUUUCAGAAUCCCGGGUGUCAAGUCCGUGAUGAUUGGACAUGAUUUCCUUACAAUUAAUAAGCAGGAUCACAUCAACUGGGCCAACUUGCGUCCCGAGGUGGUGGACUUGCUCGAUGCAUUUUUGACAGAGAACAAGGAGCCUGUCAUUACCAAAGAGCUCUUGGAGCAGGGCACUACGGACUCGCUCACGGCCAGUGAGGACGAUUCUGAAGUCGUUGCUAUGAUCAAAGAAUUGAUUGAAACUAGAAUCAGGCCAGCCAUCCAGGAUGACGGUGGUGACAUUGAAUACAAGGCUUUUGACGAAGAGACCGGAACUGUGUUUUUGAAGCUUCAGGGUGCAUGUAAGUCGUGCUCUGCAAGCGAAGAUACCUUGAAGUCAGGUAUCGAGGGAAUGCUUCAGCACUACAUUGAGGAGGUCAGAGAGGUUGUACAGAUUUUGGACCCUGAAGAGGAGAUCGCCAACAGAGAGUUCGAGAGACUCGAGGAAAAGUUGAAGAUGAAGAACCAGUCGGCUCCUCCUCCACCACCAUCCUUGUAA